AUGGAUCAAGAAAUUGCAGCUUUAGAAAAUGCCAAAACUUGGGUUUUGACUAAUCUUCCUUAUGGAAAGCAACCUAUCGUAUGUAAAUGGGUAUACAAAAUAAAGAGGCAUGUUGAUGGGAGUAUUGAACGAUACAAGGCCUCUAAACAAUUGAAUUACAAGUUAACAACUACUUUACUCUUUUUGGGCUACAUACAAUCAAAACCAGAUUAUUCACUUUUUGUCAAAAGUGAUUCUGCUUAUAUUACCAUCUUACUUGUUUAUGUAAAUGAUAUAGUCUUGGCAGGUGAUGACAUCCAGGAAAUUCAAACUGUGAAGACUCUGUUGAAUGCAAAGUUUAAUAUUAAAGACCUAGGCCAACUCAAGUAUUUUGUAGGCUUAGAAAUUGCAAGAUCUCAACAGGGCAUUAAUUUGUCACAAAGGAAGUAUGCACUAGAGUUACUAAAAGAUGCAGGAUUGUUGGGAUGUCAACCUGUUUCUACUCCCAUACAGCUAGGCACAAAAUUUUCCAAGACAAAAGGGAAACCCUAUUCAGAUGUACAUGCCUAUAGAAGACUUCUUGACAGGUUACUAUAUUUAACUAACACAAGACCAUAUUUAUGUUUCGUUAUUACUCUCAAUCAAUUUCUUUCCAAUCCUUUGGAAGAUCACUAUGCAACAGCAAUAAGGAUCUUGAGAUAUAUCAAGAAUAAUCCAGGACAAGGAUUAUUCUUUCCCUCCAACACAGAACAUGAUCUCAAGGCUUUUAAUGAUUCUGAUUGGGCUGCUUGCCAUAACACUAGAAGGUCUGUGGCUGGUUUUAAUGUGUUCUAUGGUGUAUCAUUAAUCAGAUGA